AUGUGCCGCCACAAUAUUUUUUUUUCUGAUGAUUUUAUGCGAUUUGGGGUGGGUGAGGGUUGGGUUGUUGGUCCGGUUUGUAUAGUGCGGCUCGAGAAAACUAUCUUUCUUAACGGGGGAGAACCAAAAGACACACCUCCAUUCACUCAUCAUCCGGCGGCUGAAAGAGAAAAAAAGUUCCAGCAACAAGAAAGGAACGCACCGACCUCCCUUCAAAUAUAUAUAGAUAUAUACAAGGGUAGCAUGAACGUGAGUGGAUUUCGUGCGCUCGCACGCUGUGGCAUUCAACGUGGCUUUAAUGACUGCUUGAACCGAGGCCUGCCGCCGUGUGCGCGUAGGUCUCUCAGUGCCUCUUUGUCUCUCUCCAUCACUUCUGUGCCCCACACAUCGCUUUUUGCCCAAUCGCGCACUCAGUUUGCGCAGGUGCCUGGAAAGCGGGACCAAGAGGCCUUUUUGUCGCAGUAUAACCCACUUGAGGUUCUAGAUCUUGAUGAAUCAUGCACAGUAGAGGAAAUUGACGAGGCUUUCAAGCGAAUGAGCGCCAAGUAUGGCCCUAAUGGGCCCCGCCCUGACGCGCAGUUGUUGGAUCGCGUAUUUAGGGCGCAUGCGAUUCUCAAGGAUCCGGGUUCGCCGUUCUACCUGCGUGCUCACUCCUCUGAGACAGACCGGCAUCGUCUUCAAUUUCAGCUUCUUCCAAAAUCCAAACGUCGGAUAAUUGGAUUUCAGGUUGGAAUUCUGGUGCUUCUCCUAGCUGGACUUGCGAUACUGGUGUUUGUCUUGAUACUGCGCCCCAUGAAACGUUCAAUACGCGCCGCCACGCGUUGA